AUGAAGCGCUUCGGCUCGCUCGUGUCCAAGGCUGGCGAUGCCGUCCAGCAGGCCAACCAGGAGUAUCAGCGACUGAGGCAGGAGGCGAAGCAACAAUAUAAGCAGCAGCAGCAGGACGUGCAGACGUAUCAGGCCCAAUACCAGGCUCAGCAGUACGGGCAAACCACCCAGCAACCACAGGGCUACCCAGGCCAGCAACCACAGCAGCAGGCUCAACAGUAUCAGUAUCCAGGCGCCUACCAGCCAACUCCUACUCCCGCCGCCUCAACAGCCUGGUCACCACCGGCAUCUACGUUUGACCCCUCGACAACCGCUACUCCGGUACCAGGAUUCUCCAGUACAGACGUCCCGGCAACCCCGGCCCAGUAUCAGACCGGAUAUGCCACGCCAGGGCAGCCAGCAGCAGCAGUAGCAGCAAAUGUACCGCAAUAUGGCGACGCCAACCAGCAGAUGCUUGCUGUGCAGAACCAGAUCCAACAGGCCCAGCAGCAGGCUCAACAACAAGCGCAGGCCAACUACGAACUCCAGCUCAAGCAGGCCGAGCAGCAGCUGGGCAACAUUCGGCUGGAGCAGGAACAGGCCGUCCAGCAGGCAACGUCACAGUUGCAGCAAGAACAGCAAGUUUUGCAGCAGCAGAUAGCACAGAGUCUCUCGCAACCAGCGGUCCCGCAGCAGCAGAGCUUCCCUGGCCCAUCACCAUCAGCACCUACACCGGCCCCUCCUCAAGACACAUACAGCACGAAUACCCAAGGAGCUCAUGCUGAUAGCUUCGAACCUCCUCCUGGACCUCCUCCCGGGCCUCCACCAGGCAUGAGCCAAGCAGCUCCAUCGGGGCCACCACCAGGCGCACCUCCAGCGGCCCAGAGUCAAUCGCCAGUUGUCGCCCAGCAGCCUACGUCGUAUGGAAUCCAUGUAGGCGCUGCGCCAACUCCGUUCCCCCAAGUCCAAGGCUUCCCCCCACCAGUGCUGCCUUCAGGUGGAACGCCUGUUCAGCCCUCGCCAGCUCACCCUGCUUUCGUCAGCCCCUCACAGACACCAACACCCCAAAACUAUGCUCAGCCACCGACCCCUGCGUCAAAUGUCGCCCCAGGCUAUCCGCAAGGCUUUCCUGCGUACGGGAACCCUUCACAGCCAGCUGCUGCAUAUGCAUCUCCAAUUACUCCGGCUCCCGCAGGAAACCCUUACCAAUUCCCACCGCAGCCAAUUGCUGAACCCCCUCUCCCUGUGGAAUUGCCUACGGCCAGCCGGUUGGAGCAAGAUGGACCGUGUGAACUCGCUGCUCCCCUGGGUGAUUUGCAGCUCCAAUCUGACAAGGGCACAGAGCCACCAGCGAAUGGCUCCAGGCCUACAAAGACUAGAAAACCCCAGAUAAAGCGUUUAGGGACCCCAGAGCCAGCGACGAUGGAUGAGUCGGGUGUAACUCCUCUAUGGGAGUGCGCUUUAGACCCCGUCACAUACGAGAUGGACUGGCUGUAUAAUUCAGCUGCACCGGAUUUCCUUAUUUGUGGCCGUUGUUAUGUUGAUCAUAUUUGCGACACCCAGUUCAAGCAGAGUUUCACCAAGAUCUCUUUCAAGGACAAGAAGCCGCGGAGAUGUCUUUUUGGAACUGAUCGCGUCAAGGAGAAAUUGUGGCCCGAAGCCUUAUCAUCGAAUAACCUGGAGUCGCUUACAGCAUAUAUGAUCAGGCGGGUAGCGAUACCGGAAUGCUCCAAGGAAACUGUCAAGGAGGGUGAGAGCUGGUACACAAAUGAGAAGAUUCCCGGAAUGACAAUCUGCAAGGCUUGUUAUGAAGACAAUAUCGAUUGCACAUCGUUUGCCUCACACUUCAAGCUAGAACUAAAAGAAGGACAGUGUUUCUGUGAUUCCACUGUCUGGUAUUUCAAUCGGCUGCUUGAAAAGCACACCGAGACUGAGAACUGGGUGGCAGUCAUUGAACAGAUGAAUAUCAGGGAGACACUCCCCUUGUGUCCUAAGCAGACCAUUGUCCAAGCCAACGAUCGAGCCUGGUACACUUCUACCCGGGGACCUCAAAACCUCACACUUUGUGUGGCAUGUUACUACGAUUACUUCCAUGACACUGGGGACGAGCAGUAUUUCCAAACAAUUCCACCCAGCCAAACAAAUGUAAGGUGCAUCAUGGCGUACCUCAACUUGUUGAUACCAACGAAGCAAGCACUGGUCAAGAAGGAUCGUGAAGUCUUCUGGAAAGCCCUGCAAGCCGUGGACGAACAGCCCUUUUGCAAUCCAGACGGAACGACGGACGCAUUGUGGUAUACACUGAUUGACGAGCCCCAGGAAUUUGCCAUCUGCGGGGGCUGCUAUGGAGGAAUCGUCGGCAGCUCGGGCGGCAGGAGAUUCUUUAAACCACACCGCACCUUGACGACGCAGGAUAGUUGGAUCUGCUGCUUUAGCGAGAACCACAUCCGCGGGCCCGCGUAUCUCGCCAAAUACUCCGAGUGCCUGGCCAAGGGACAUGCGCGCCCCCUGGCCGAGUUUGUCGGCACUUACGGCGAUGUGCCGCUGUGCAGUGGGAAGGAGCUCACUGCGGACCAGAAGUUUUACGGAUGGGAUGACCUGGCCAUAUGCGAGGAGUGCUACUUGACAUGCGCUAGGGGAACAGUUUUGGAGCCUCGGUUCACCCUCAAAGGCGAGACUGGUCCUAAGGAGCGUGUCUGUGGUCUUUAUUCACCCAGGAUGCGCGGGAUAUACGUGGAAGCGUGCGAGAAGAAUGAUCUCAACGGCUUGCUUACUGUUGGCAGGCAUCGACAGGAGGUUUGGGCCAAGACCGUCCCUGUCUGCAAACAGAUCUUGCAGCAGCACAAGAUGGCAGCUGAGCGGGCUAUGACACUCUCCAUGGCGGGGACCAUGUUCCAUGCGGCCGGUGCACUGACGGAUGUCUCCCAGGGGCACACGCAUACAGUGGGAAACUCCCAGGUCGGGUAUGGGUAUGCAAAUUCUAUGGAGAUGGAAGCGGCGGUCUUGUCCCAGCAGUCCGGAGAGAUAGCGGCUGGCGUGAAUAAUUCGUCAUUGUUUGUUCGUGCUGGCAUACUUGAUCAGGAGUGGGCGGCAGUGGAAUAA